UCCAGAUCCAGGUAACAUGUCCAGUAUGUCAGUAAAGUCUGGUGAGAAACGUAGCCUGGACCAAGAAAAGGAAUGGAGGAAGAUAGAAUGGAAGAAGAAGUUGAGGAGGUUUGAGAGAGCGGAGGAAGAGAUGAAAAAGUUCCCGUUAGGACCUCAGUACAAGCCUGGGCUGCGGUGUCCCUCCCCUGUGUGGAGGCUGUUUCCCAGACAGAAGCUAGCCUUCGAUUUCGCUCGGUGCUGCAAACAGGAUGUCCAUGUGUUUUCCUGUGAAGUGGAGGGGGAAAGUGAACAGGGGCAGAGGAAAUAUCUGGUCACUACAUACGAACAGUUCUGGGAUAUGUACAGUGUUUUACAUCCUGACCUGGACGGCCAUUUCUAUGAGGUCAUCCCAGAGGGCGCGACCUGUCACCUGCACUUUGACCUGGAGUUCAGCAAGGUCGUGAACCCGGGGUCAGACGGGGUCACCAUGGUCAGCACUCUCAUCAGGUUUGUCUGCUGGUCCCUUAAGAAAAAGUAUGACCUUGACUGCACAGAGGAACAUGUACUUGACCUUGAGUGAAGCACAGAGGAAAAGUUCAGUCAUCACCUGAUUUUCCACCUACCAGGAGCGGCCUUUCAGGACAAUAUACAUGCAGGCAACUUUAUCCAUGAGAUGUGUGACAAGCUGCACCAGCACACUGAGCAGCAGCGCCCCCACGCAGGGGAUGUGGAACUGCAGGGGCUGAGAGAGGCAGUGCCGGGGUUGGACCAGCUGUUUGUGGACAACAAGGAUGGGGAGAAAGUCUUAUUCAUAGAUACAGGAGUGUACACGAAGAACAGGAACUUCCGGCUGUACAAGAACACGAAGCUGGGCAGGCGUGCGCCUCUGCUGCUGGCACCAACCUGCAAAUACAGGCCACAGCACAGCAAGGCAUGCUGGGACAGGCCACAGCACCACAGCAAAGCAUGCUGGGACAGGCCACAGCACGGCAGCAAAGCAUGCUGGGACAAACAGGUCUUUUUGGACUCCCUUGUUAGCAAUGUGAGGUUUUCCCCUGACCUGAAAGUUUUGCGAUGUGAGAACAUGAAAGGUUUGACCAGCAGAGUUAGAACCAGCUGUGUGGAUGGAAACAACAGUUCAGGCAGGGACAACAGAAAAGUGGAAGGCCAGCUGUCAGGUUGCAGCAGCUCCCCCUACCCAGAAGUGGAUGCCUACGUGGUACUGCAGGCAUGCAGGGGGGGAGUUCAGGGGGCCAUCAGGCAGUGGACAUACUUCUCACAGGGCGAGGUGCUGAUGUACGACAUUGCUCACAACCGCUGGUGUGAGAACAUCGGCCGACCACACAGGAGCAACCACGUCAUGCUCGUAGCUGACCUGAAACGUUGUGUGAUGUACCAGAAAUGUCACGAUCCUGUCUGUCGGGCACAGAACUACAAAUCACCAGAAAGGCCCCUGCCUGCUGAAAUUCUGCCUGCAUUCAUUCUGGAAGAGGACGAGCUCUGGGAUUCGGGACUGGAGGAUGAAGACUUGCUCUCAGCUCUGUCAUCUCAGGAGCGAUCGUACGCGGAAUUACGAAAGGAUUCUGACCCAGAUUCUUGGGACACUGACGGGCAAGAACCGUCGGACCAAGACUUGCUUGCCGCGAGCAAUUUGGUGACGGUGAUAGCAGCCAAACGUGACAGAAAUUUCGGGACAAUGACAGCAGCCAAAUGUGAAGGAAAUUUGGCAAUGGUGACAGCAUCCAACUGUCAAAGAAGGGCUGAGGUAGACAGUUGGGAAGUGUCUGACGAUGACUUGCUUCUAGCUGCAAAUCAUUUCCAUAGCAACAAUCGCCAUGGGAACACGCACACGACUGUCGCGGUCACGGAACAGGGGAGUCGCCAUGUUGGCAAGGAUUCUGGGAAAAUAGAAACAACAACAACAACAGUUGACAACAACAAUCGCCAUGGGAACACGGAAACAACAACUGUUGACAACUGCGAUGUUUCUGACGACGAUCUGCUACUAGCUGCAACACAGUGUUGCUAGGCAACAGUUACCAUGGUAACAUAACAGGCGUUGAUGACUGCGAAGUUUCUGACACAGGUGCGCAGUGUUGCCAUAGUGAUAACUAAAGGAACAUGCUAGUAACUGUCGGAACCUCCUUGAUGAGACAUAAUUUCUCACAGAAAAGUCAAGAACAUUAACACAGAAUUUAAUGCCAUGGUGUAAAUGUGAGAUUUAUCUUUUAGCAGACAACUUUUAUGAUAACAAAUGUUUUAUUUCUCUUUGUAAGAUUUUUGUACAGCCUUUCUUUUAUGUUUCAUAAAAGCCCAAGCUCUGGUUUGAAAGUUGUGGGACCUGAUAAAUACCUUAAAAUCCUCUACCUUAAAAUUAAUAGUAAUACCUGUCUUCAUGACUUUCUUGUGAGUUUUGACUGUCUGGCUGUCCUGACCAGGUCUGACUGUUCCUGGCACAUACACAGGCUCUAUUUUUAAAUUCCAUACAUAGUGUCUGUAGCCAGGUCUGUGUCUGUCUCAGUGUCUGGCUGUCCCCACCAGGUCUCUUCUCUUGGGUGUCUCUCAAUAAAUCGUGGCAUGAAGCCUCCCACCCCGUCUCUGGCACAAGAUGUGCAUGCUCUAUUUUUAAACCUGAUACAGGGCUGGAAAUACUGGGUGCAUGUGCACCUUAGUGACCCAAAUUUGGAGCUGUGCACCCAACUUUUUUCUGUGGGUGCACCAGUGGACUCAGAUAUUUUCCUAAGUUUACAUAUGUAAACAUGUUGGUGGUUACAUGUAUGGUUACUGUAGUGUACAGCAUAUUCUAAGUGUCAGAAAAAUAAUAAAAUCAUUGCUGUAAUACUUUUCUUUAGAAAUGAAACAUAAUUUGUUUCGUUUGCUGACAUACUACCUAAUUUAUUUUAUAUGGUGCCCCCCCCCCCCCAAAAAAAAUAAUGUGUGUGCACCCAAUUUGAUAGGUUAGGUGUACCAGUGC